AUGAAAGGCAUUGCGAUGUUAUUGGUUUCAUGUCUUCUUUUCUCCUUUCUCUCAACCAACCUAGCCAAAGAGUUAAAGUGGUGUCCAUCAAAGGACGUGUUCAAUGGAUCGUGCACAGACACAGGAAGUCCAAGCUACACAUGUUUUCUAGAUUUGUUGGGAUCUAAGAGUGCAAGUGCUAUGCCUAAGAAUUGCAAAUGCACUCCUCUUCCUCACAAUCGUCGUCAAUGUGACUGUUUUGUCGUUUGUGACAGCAAUUAA